GGAAGGAAACAGGAGUCACAAAUGUUCUGUGAUCUUGAACAUGUCCCCAGGGUUCAUAGUCAUGGGAAUUUGACCGGGAAAUCCGUGGCUCAUUUAGUCACACUCUUGCUUCUGAGUUGCAAGGUACAUGUUUCAAUUCCCUGUUCGGGGCUGGAGAGGAAAGGCUGGCACUGGUGUACAUUGCUGAGGAAGUAUUGCAUUGCCAGACAUGCCAUCUUUCAGAUGAGGUGUUCUUGAGGCCCUAUCUGCCUGUUCAAAUGGAUGUAAAAUAUCCUAUGGUGCUAUUUUGAAGAUGGACAAGGGAGUUCUCCUCCGUGCUCUAUCCAAUAUUUAUCCUCAAUCAGGAGCAUAAAGACAGAUCGCUUGGUCAUUAUCACAUUGCAGUUUGCAGGAAUUUGCUCUGUGCUAAUUGGGUGUUGUGUUUCCUGCAUUGCUGCAGUAACGACAGUUCAAAUGCUUCUCUGCAGAAUGUCAGCCAAGGAUCGACACAUUGAUUCGAGCUGCUCAUCAUACAUUAAGACAGAGCCAUCCAGCCCUGCUUCACUGACAGAUAGUAUCAAUCACCACAGUCCAGGUGGCUCCUCGGACGCCAGUGGGAGCUACAGCUCCACUAUGAAUGGACACCAGAAUGGCCUGGACUCUCCCCCACUCUACACAACGACCAGCUUGGGCAGCAACGGCAGCUCCCGUAAACGGUACGAUGACUGUUCGAGCACUAUAGCCGAAGACUCGCAGACCAAGUGCGAGUACAUGUUGAACUCCAUGCCCAAAAGAUUGUGUUUGGUCUGCGGCGACAUAGCAUCAGGAUAUCAUUAUGGUGUUGCUUCCUGUGAGGCCUGUAAAGCAUUCUUCAAGCGCACUAUACAAGGUAACAUCGAAUACAGCUGCCCAGCGACAAAUGAAUGUGAAAUCACAAAGCGUAGACGCAAGUCUUGCCAGGCCUGUCGUUUCAUGAAAUGCCUAAAAGUAGGCAUGCUGAAAGAAGGCGUGCGCUUAGAUAGAGUACGUGGAGGACGGCAGAAGUAUAAGCGCAGGAUAGAUGCAGAGAACAGCCCUUACUUGAACCCUCAGCUGGUUCAGCCAGCCAAAAAGCCAUUCAACAAGAUUGUCUCACACUUGCUUGUGGCUGAGCCAGAGAAAAUCUAUGCCAUGCCUGAUCCCACCAUUCCAGAGAGUGACAUCAAGGCCCUCACUACACUGUGUGACCUGGCUGAUCGAGAACUGGUGGUCAUCAUUGGAUGGGCAAAGCAUAUUCCAGGAUUCUCCACAUUAUCUCUGGCUGAUCAGAUGAGCCUCCUCCAGAGUGCCUGGAUGGAGAUUCUGAUCUUGGGGAUUGUGUACAGGUCAUUGUCUUUUGAGGAUGAACUGGUAUAUGCUGAAGACUACAUCAUGGAUGAAGACCAGUCAAAGUUAGCUGGGCUGCUUGAUUUGAAUAAUGCCAUACUGCAGCUGGUAAAGAAAUACAAGAGCAUGAAGCUGGAGAAAGAAGAGUUUGUCACCCUCAAAGCUAUAGCGCUCGCUAAUUCAGAUUCAAUGCACAUAGAAGAUGUUGAGGCUGUUCAGAAGCUGCAAGAUGUCUUGCAUGAGGCCCUGCAGGACUAUGAAGCUGGGCAGCAUGGGGAAGAUCCACGCCGUGCUGGUAAGCUACUGAUGACUCUCCCACUUCUCCGGCAGACCUCUACCAAAGCUGUGCAGCAUUUCUACAACAUCAAACUGGAAGGCAAAGUUCCCAUGCACAAACUAUUCUUGGAAAUGCUGGAGGCCAAGGUCUGACUAGAGGAUCCUAGGCCUUCCCAUGAAACCACACAGAAUGGGUUAGGCCACAGCAAAGGGAAGAAACGUAGGAAUUGAACCAGACAAAAGUUAACUGUAGUGUUUAAUUGAAAAAAAAGAACUGCACUGAUAUUUAGCAGUAUGACUGUGAAGCAGCUUUCAACUUCUCAUUCUUCUAGGAUUUUUUCAUGCAGAUUUUGCUGUUGAACUUUUUAAUGAGGUCUCUAAAUGAAGAGAGAGAAGGAAGCCAGCCCUGCCAAAGGAUGGGAAUCCAUAAUGUGGAUGCCAUUGAACUAAUAAUAAAGAGAAAUAUCCCCAUCAACAAAGGAUUCAGACUGACAACUGUUUUACCUAGCAGUACAGCGCAUUGACUGAAUGCAGUAUUAGGUUCCAUAUGAACAGUCUGUAAUUAGGCAACGGAGCAGCGUUGCAUUGGCUGCUUCUUCUCAUUGCAUUUUUUCCACCUUAGAUCAGUUACAGCCAUUUAAUUCCUUAAUUGUUUUCAAGUCUUCCAGAUAUUUCUUAGGUUAGGAACUAUGUCUAUUUCAGGGAAUAGUGAGCUUUACUCAGUCACGCAAUACUGAAAAUACUGCAUUUAUUUGCUGGCUGGAAAAACGAUGGACAGUUAUGAAGAACAAACAAAACUUUUUUUAAAACCUUUGUUGUUGAUGUUGUUUAUGGGUUUUUUGUACCAGCUUUACCACUACAGCCAUUUUAUUAAUCUGUGAAUUUAUCUUAAGCAAUAGUGAAUGAGAAGGUGCAUACUUUUUAUGGAUGCAAUUUAUGUUGAGUGCCAGUUCAGUCAAAAUCCUCAACUUCUUUAACACAUGGUAAUACAUAGCUUCAAGUUCAUUAUUGCAAUUAGAUUACACCGUUAUUAAUAGGCUAGUUGAUCUGACAAUUGAAUCCAACGCAACAAGAUUAUACACUAGCUUGCCCCAGCAUACCUUGGAAAUAUGGUACUAAUGUAAAAUAAUGUACUUUACAGGCAUAUUUAUUAACCAUUCAAAACAUGACUGUUAAGGUGUAAAUUUGAUUUAGCAUCUAAUCAGAUGUUUUUCCUCCCCCUUAAAAGCUACAUUUGCUACAUUUUAAAACAAAUGAAGGCGCUAACCUGUACCAAGUACUCAAAUGUCAGUAUUAAUAGCUGCUCCCUGUUGUACCAUGUGACAUCCUCUUCUGUGUACACUUAUGUAAUCAAAGAUUGUGAGCCUAACCUGAGGUCAUGUAUUGGAAACAAAAAAAAUGUUGUAGUUCAGCUUGCAAUGUUUCAUGUUUGCUGUGUUCUUCUAAUUUUUAGUUGAAUUCAAAGACUGUUGUCUUGUUCUUAUUGUGGUGUUAGAUUCUUGUGAUUGUACGCAUUAGACACAGGGUAGAAUUAGAGACAGUAAUGGAUGUAAAAUUCCUCAGGAGAUAGUGUAUUCUAUUCCUUACUGGUGAUAAGAUUGCUCCUAUUAAUAAUAAGAACAAAUAGUUUAAGAAUCAGAACAAAUAUCUCUUCCAACAAUACACAUUUAAAUCAUUAAUUUAAAAAGGGAUAUUUUGUGUAACAGUUUAUUGUAGAAUAACAAUGUAUAUCUUAGAAAAGAAUUUGAAUAUUUCCAAACAAUAGGUAAAUGUCUAAUUUUUAAAUGCUGUAAAUAUAGCUAUGUUCAAACAUCUCAAAUGGUUGUUAAAACCAGCUUUGUGUCGUUACAAGUUUUUGGUGCAGACAAGUUUCCCAAACUACUGCUACAUUGUGUGCUUUGAACAAAAAAAAAGAAAAAGACAAAAAGGUUGAUGGUAUGCAUCAACCUUGUGCUAUAAAUACUGUGUAUCAUUAGCCGUACGAGACUAUAUAGUAGAUUGUGGUUUCUCAGUAGAGAAUUGACUGUACUGUGAUUCUAGACUUUAUUCAUCAUUAGCAGCUCAUUCAGGUGGUCAAUAACUUGAAGUUUAUAGCUGUAAUAGGGAACUAAGAAACUGGCACGACCCUUAAAAAAAAAUCCAACUCCUGGGAGUAAGGUGCUGAUUUUGAGUAACAGGAGCUUAGCUCUGUGGAGUGCAAGGGAAGGAUUUAAGGUUUAUUUUGUUUAUGCUUAUGGUUAGAACCAGCAGCAAAAUCUCAUUUACCAGUGCUCAGAACAGCAAAAUGAGAUAGUUAAAAUAAAGGUUCUAUGUUUUAAGCUGUAUCUAUGUUUUUUCUUUAUGAUUAUCUUUAUUUUCUGUUUAAUUAUGGCAAUAUGAUUGUGUGACUCUUCAACAGUUGCACUUGCAUUUCAAUCAGAACAAAUAUUUAUUCCACUAUUUGCAUUUUAAAAACAGACGAGUUUCAAAAUAAUAUGAAAAAAUUAUAAACAGCUAUUUUUCUUAUAUAGAACAGAAUGUUGGGUGUUGGUGGUUGUAUUUAAAUUAUUUAUGCAUCUGUGUUUACCUGCCAACAAACAAUUUAUGGCAGUCUUACAUGCAAAGUUUAAAAGCAGAAAAAAAGUUUUAAAAAAGCUACAAAUACCAGGAGUUGAAGUUUAACCUGUAGUGAAAAACCAUGUCUGUAGGUCUAGGCAAGCUUUGUGCUUCACAUCUGUAAACAAUCAACUGUAUAUUUUUGUGACGUGUAUCAUACUGUGUGCUCUGACAAAUGUCCAUUUGUGUAAAUGUAUUUAUUUUAUAUUGUAUAUAUUGUUAAUGCAAAAGGAGACAAUGAUUCUGUAACUUUAAUCAGUUCCAAUGUGUACUCUAAUUAUGCCUUUCAGGAUGAUGGUAGAGCAAUAUUAAACAAGCUUCCACUUUUA